UCCAAUUUUGCACUAUUUAUGUUCUCAUUUUAAUUGCUGAGUGACACCGCCCUUUGUAAUUAUCACUACUGGAUAUUUAAGGUGCGCGUUCUCGUCUCGGCUCGCGCUAUGUUCAAGAUAAAAGUCUCUUAGUGGUCGGUGCAUUUGUGCGUGGGCGUGGCCUGGACGGCUCCUUAAGGAAGCUCGCGCGAACUGGCAGCUGCAAGGCUUUUUUUUCAUCAUUGGAAGGAAGCGACCGCCACUGGGCGCCGCUUUUAUACUGUAUUAAUCUGAAAGGAGAAUGGAUUAAUCUUUGUCAGGUCGUAUUUUUACAUUCAUGGUCCACCCGAAAAGGAAUGCCAUCAGCCACACUCGUCUGUCAGAACAGCUGCCAAAAUGGGAACCAAAUUCAGGAGUGAGAAGCCCUGAUUCCCGCACCGUCAGGAGCAGCCGGCCGUGUCCAGCAGAGGAAGACAGCGGGAGAGAGAGGACCUGCCGCGCCCUUCCCAGAGUGCACUGCGGCCAGGAUGUCCAGCCCUAGAGACAGCCCGCCCCCUCCCACAGGGCGCAGCCCAGAGAGGGAGCUGGAGCUGCCGCAGGACGGCCCCUCCACGCCCCCCGGCCUGGACGCAGACACCCCCUCCAUGGGCAGCCCGGUCCUCAGCCCUGACUCCGCCCCUGACUCCGCCCCCGCCACCUCCCCCACUGACACUGAGAACCUGAGCCCCGACGAGCUGGAGCUGCUGGCCAAACUGGAGGAGCAGAACAGGCUCUUGGAGGCGGACUCAAAGUCCCUGCGCUCCGUCAGCGGGUCCCGGCGGAACUCGGGCUCCUCGCUGGUGUCCAGCUCCUCCGCCUCCUCCGCCCUGGGCCACCUGGAGGAGGACACCUGGGUGCUCUGGGGCCGCAUCGUCAAUGAGUGGGAGGAGUGGAGGCGCAGGAAGGACAAGCUGCUCAAGGAGCUGAUCAGGAAGGGCAUCCCGCACCACUUUCGCGGGAUAGUCUGGCAGUUGCUGGGCAACGCGGUUGACAUGGUGGUGAAGCAGCAGUACGCGGAGCUGCUGAAGAUGACCUCACCCUGCGAGAAGCUGAUUCGCCGAGACAUCGCCCGCACCUACCCCGAGCUCGACUUCUUCAAGGGCCAGGACAGCCUGGGCCAGGAGGUGCUCUUCAACGUCAUGAAGGCGUACUCCCUGGUGGAUCGGGAGGUGGGCUACUGUCAGGGUAGUGCCUUCAUCGUGGGUCUGCUGCUCAUGCAGAUGCCGGAGGAAGAGGCCUUCUGCGUGUUUGUGCGUCUGAUGCAGGAGUACAGGCUGAGGGAGCUCUAUAAGCCCAGCAUGGCCGAGCUCGGCCUCUGCAUCUACCAGUUUGAGUACCUGCUGCAGGAGCAGCUGCCGGAGCUGAACAUACACUUCCGCUCACAGAGCUUCCACACCUCCAUGUACGCCUCCUCCUGGUUCCUCACACUCUUCCUCACCUUCCUCCCGCUGCCUGUCGCCACGCGCGUCUUCGACAUCUUCAUGUACGAGGGCCUGGAGAUCAUAUUCCGAGUGGGGAUGGCCAUCCUGCAGUACAACCAGACUGACCUCAUCCAGCUGGACAUGGAGGGCAUGUCACAGCACUUCCAGAAGGUGAUACCACACCAGUUUGACAGCUGUCCUGACAAACUCAUCCUUUGGGCCUACCAGGUCAAAUACAACUCCAAAAAGAUGAAGAAGCUCGAAAAGGAAUACACCACUAUAAAGAACAAGGAGAUGGAGGAACAGAUUGAAAUCAAGAGGUUGCGUACUGAGAACAGGCUUCUGAAACAGAGAAUAGAAACCCUUGAGAAGGAAAGUGCUGCUCUGGCUGACAAACUGAUACAGGGUCAGGUGACCCGCGCCCUGGAGGCGGAGCAGAACUACGUGAUCAAGCGGGAGCUGGCCGUGGUGCGCCAGCAGUGCUGCAGUACCAGCGAGAGCCUGCAGAGGGCGCAGGACACCAUACAGGAGCUGCAGCAGCACAAGUACACAGAGCCGUUUGUGAGCAGCCUGCAGACGCAGCUGGAGCAGUCUCGGCUGCAGGAGGCGGAGCUACUCUGUGCCCUGAAGGAGAUGCAAGACAAGGUGCUGGACCUGGAGAAGCGGAGCAGCUCCUUGCCGGAUGAGACCAAUGUUGCGCAGCUGCAGGAGCAGCUGAGGCAGCUGAAGCUGAGAGAGCUGCAGACCCUGCAGUCCUUCAGAGAGAUGAGAGACUCUGUGACCGACCUGAGCCAGCGCUGGCAGCACCACAUGUCCCGGGGGGGCGGGGGUGGGCACAGGAAGGAGUCCCCAAAGAAGAGCGCUCUGAACGAGCUGCAGGACAAGCUGAUGGCCGUGCGCCUGCGCGAAGCCCAGGCCCAGGCCGAGCUGCGUGAGCUCAAACUAACGGCCCUGCAGCUGGAGAGCCAGAACCAGAUCCACAGUAAGCUGGUGAGCCGGCAGGAGCAGGAGAGUGCUGCCAUGCAGGAAAGGCUGCAGUGCAUUAUGGGACAGAACAAGAGCCUGCAGACACAGCUCAGCGAGCUGAAGAGGAAGCAGGCCGAGUCCGACUGCAAGAGUAAAGAGGAAGUGAUGGCGGUGAGAUUGAGGGAGGCAGACAGCAUGGCGGCGGUGGCAGAACUGAGGCAGAGGAUUGCCGAUCUGGAGAUUCAGAGGGAGGAGGGCCGGAUCCAGGGCCAGCUGAACCACUCAGACUCCAGCCAGUACAUCAGCCAGCUGAGGGAGCAGAUUGCAGAGCUGAAAGCAGAGAUCAGGCAGUUGCGCGGGCAGCCCUUCAGGUACCCGGCCCCGGGUCACGGGUCCUUUCAGGGCCUGCGCCUGUCCAGCCCGGCCUCAGGAGAGGCCGACUACCUCAGCUCAGACGACGACCUGCCGCCCAGCCCGCCGCCCCCCGCCGCGCUGUACCCGUCCCUGGCCCCGCCCCUCCACCCCGGCCCUGCUCCGGACAGCGAAGGCAGCACCGACAGCGACACGGAAGGAGGGGGCGGAGCCCCCCAAGUCCCGCCCCCUCCGCAGCUCUUCCCCAGCAUGGUGUGCGCGGAGGAGAACUGAGCCGGGGAGGCGGCGCCACCCCAAUGACCCCGCCCCCUGCCCCGCUUAGCCCCGCCCACUCUCCAUACCCCCUCCUUUUCUGCUCACCCCGUUCAGCCCUGGUAUGCGCUCCAUGAUCCUGCAGAAACUUGCUCUGCAGUGAAAUGAGUAACCGCCCCAUCAUCGCCGUCGACAUCGCGGGCUAAAGCUGCCGUUCUGCUGGGCGCUGAGCCGUCCGGCUCUCCAAGCAAGAGACGGAGCAAAAGCACCACAGCACACGCACAGCGGAUUAUACCAAAAAUGGGGGGAUUUUCCCAUCACAGUUUGGGCAGCUAGAACCCAGUGAAGUCAGUGGAACUUGUACAUGGCCUCACACAGAAACGUCCAUCGUUAGGAAUGAGCACACACACAUAUACACGCACACACACACACACACACACACACACACGCACACACACACACACACACACAC